GACAGGAUCCAGAGCGACGCAGCUAGCUUGCUAACUUUAGCACUAGCUAGCGUCAUGUUUUCUGAUGUAACAUUUUGUGGUGAUGGGUUACAAAAUGACGGCCUGUGUAGUUUAGUCUUAGCUUUUUCUUUCCCCCAGUCAACGCGACCAUGUUGGCUGAUAUUGAAUAUAUUUAUCCGUCUAGGUAAUCAUACGGGCCGAGGACAUUUAGUUUGGCUAGCUGUGCGAUGCUAGCUUGCUAACAACUAGCGUAGCUUAUGUACAUUCGGUUUGUACAUUAAAGCUAGCAUAUAUUUGGAGCCUUUGUAUUUUUUAAACACUUCAAUAGUUAAUGUUUAAAAAAUACGAACGAGCUGCUCGCUGUUGUUUUGUAAAAACAAUUGACGAAUCGUAGCAUUUAUUCAAAGACGACAACACGACCGCACCAGUUCAUCAUGUCCAGUGACAAUGAACGAGCAGGAGGCUGGUGUGGUCUCGUUUGACGAAUACGUGCGCCAGAAGGCCCGAACUGUACCCCAGCACAGGAUGAAGGAGUUCCUGGAGUCCCUCUCCAAGGGGGAGUUCAGUCAGCAGGGAGGGGCGACCACCACCACUACCACCACCACAGCUGCCAUGGUCUACCAGGAGCAGACCAACAACUGUGUCUACACUGAUAGCACAGAGGUGGCCGGCUCUCUCUUGGAGCUGGCUUGUCCAGUACAGCUGACGUCAGCAGAGAUUUCGCCUCAACUUUCCAUGCAUUCAGAACCGGAACAGCAACUUCAAGUGCAGGUUCAGAUCCAGGGGCAGCCGGUCCUGCAGAUGGCCACGUCCGCUCAACAGGACAUGCAAGGAAUGUCAACUUCACAACUUGUGCCGCAGGAAGCGCUCACAGAGGAGCAGCAGCAGCAGAUUCAGGCACAGCUGGUUGCAGCUGUAAGCGGAGAGCAACAGAUUCAAUUGGCAAGUGGUCACCAAAUCCAGUUGCAAGGUACGCAGCAGAUUCAACUGGUGGACGGCCAGCAUAUUCAACUGGAGGCUGGCCAACAAAUUCAGCUGCCAGACGGACAGCAGAUUCAACUACAGGGUGGACAGCAGAUUCAGCUCCCAGAUGGACAGCAGAUUCAACUGCAGGGUGGACAGCAGAUUCAGCUCCCAGAUGGACAGCAGAUUCAACUGCAGGGUGGACAGCAGAUUCAGCUACCAGAAGGACAGCAGAUUCAACUGCAAGGCGGACAGCAGAUUCAACUGCAUGAUGGGCAGCAAAUUCAGCUACAGGGUGGCCAACACAUCCAGCUCCAGGGGGGGCAACAGAUUCAACUACAAGAUGGACGGCAGAUUCAACUCAUGGGGGGGCAGCACAUCCAGCUACAAGAUGGACAACAGAUACAAUUACCAGACGGACAACAGAUCCACAUCCAAACCAUUGAGGCCAUAUCUCCUUCACAGCAACAGAACUCUCCCAGGGAGGCAGAGAGGCGGCCCGGUACCGGCUCAUCUGUUCUUCCACCUGCCAAGAAGCGCAAGGUAGACACUCCCUUGACAGUGUCCUACGCCGUUCCUCAGGGGCAGCAAGUGGCCACAGUCAUCGCCAUCCCUCAAGGGCAGCAGCAGAACUACGUGUCCCUGCGGCCCGACUUGCUCACAGUUGACAGCACUCAGCUGUACAGUGCCACAGGGACAAUCACAGGCCCCGCAGGCGAGACGUGGACCAUUCCCGUAUACUCUACCGCUCAGCAGCAAGGAGUGACUCACAUCGCCAUACCGCAGGAGACGUACAACACGGUCCAACUUGCCGCCGCCAACGGCAAGCCCAGCUCCUCGGCGAAGUGUGCAGAUGUCCAGUCUGUGUCGACUGGGACACCGGAAGAAAUAGUACAGACGCUGUUUCCAGCUCAGUUCAUGAAUGGGAAUAUUCACAUCCCAGUAGCUGUGCAGACUGUCGGAGGGACUUACAAUACAACACAGUCAGUGCACAUAUGGGACCCCAAUCAGCCACAGAGCCAAGAUGACGGCAAUGAACAACAACUCCAUCUUCAGGAACAAGGAGAAACCGAGGGUAAUGCUGAACCAUCUGCAGAAAUUCUAGUUCCAGUCUCUCUGAAGCCGGAAGAGGGCCUGGAGGUGUGGCGCCUUUGGGUAAAGCGGAAAAAUGCCGAGCUAAGCCAGCAGGACAAGACAAAGCUUGCGCCCAUUGGACGUCGCCAGCCGCUGCGUUUUCAAGAGGACUUGAUUUCCAGCGCUGUAGCCGAGCUGAACCUCGGUCUUUCCCUGAUGACGCAGGAGGCCCGAGGAUCAGAGGAGGAACAAUUUGCUCCAGAUGUUCUUUAUUAUGUCUUCUUAUGUAUGCAAAAGUAUCUCUUUGAAAAUGGACGCGUGGAUGAUAUUUUCUCUGAUCCAUACUACACUCGAUUUGGUGAGAGUUUACAUAAAAUCCUGACUGGUUGGAAGCCCAGUGUCCAUCCUCUAGGUUACAUCAUUCCAAGUCAUGUGACAGAGGAGAUGCUUUGGGAAUGUAAACAGCUUGGUGCACAUUCGCCAUGGACUUUGUUAACAACUCUGAUGUACUUUAACACAAAGUGUUUUCGCCUGCUAACACCUGAACAGCACCUGAAGGUGGCCUUCUCUAAGGUCUUAAGACACACGAGGAAGAACCCCACCAAUACGAAGGACAAAGCAACUACUAUCCGCCUUCUGAAAGGGCAAAGUUCACAUAAAGGACCAGAUGACUUAUAUGAUGAGCAGAUCGAGGAUCCAGAGAAUCCACUUCGUUGUCCCAUCAAACUUUAUGACUUUUAUCUUUUCAAAUGCCCUCAAAGUGUCAAAGGUCGUAACGACACGUACUACAUGACCCCCGAGGCCGUUGUCGCGCCCAACAGUCCCAUGUGGUAUUCGUCUCAGCCCCUCACGAGUAAGCAAGUGGAGCAAACGCUGGCGCGCAUCUUAGUGGUCCGAGAGAUCCAGGAGAUCACCGGCGCCGGUUCCGAGAGUUAAAAAGAAAGAGCUGACAUAAAGCGAGAGCAAGAUUGUACAAUUCCAUCACUGAUUGUUGACUCUGCUCCCCUGCCCUUGGCUCAAUAAACUUGCCGUCUCAACAAUCAAAUGAAGAACCCAAUGAAUGAGUUGUUGAAGCCUGAACUGAGAAAACAUGUCCUUUUAAAGUUUUCAGACUCAAACUAAAUUUCUGGUCGAUAUCAGGAAUGUAAGACUGGACUAGGGGGUAAAUGGAAACUGCUCUGGUUUAAAGUAUUUUCAAGAUGAGGGUAUUUAACCGUUUGCUCUUUAACCUCACACUUUUUGUUACCAUGCCAACCUCCUAGCAGGGACCACUGCUCACCUUUUUUUGUAUUGUGUUGAUAUGUACAAAGAUGACCUUGUGCCUGUUUUCAAAGUGUUUGAUCUAAGUCGUCUCAAGGUAAAGUGCUACAUUGUAGUCUUUCGGGAGACUAGAAACUUUCUCAGGUCAAAGGUUGUGAUUGAGAGACUCAUAAAAACAUUUUCAACAUCUUUGUGUACAGAUGAUUAAAUACAAAUGGACAGUCCUUA